GGCCCUCAUAACAACACGAUGUUCUAGCCCUCUCUGACUCCCCUCACCAGAUCCGCACCACCUUCGUCCACUAUCUUGUCCCAAAAAAAUUCAUCCAUCCCGUCUAGCUCCGGCCGUCACCAGACUUACAACCCUGUUCGUGUUGGUGAUCGAUAUCGUCGAGCAGUGGGCACUCAGCUCCAAGGCCGAGCUCACCCGCCGUGGCAAACGCUGCUGCUGUUCCUCCGCCGGCGACCACCAUCGAGCCAAAGAUGGAUGCCGGCCUGCUAGCAAUGGCCUGCUCUGGCUCUUUCCAAGAUCUGGAAUCACUCCUCAACGGGAAGCCAGCCGUCUACACCCUCGGAAGCUCGGCAAGGCAGCCACCUCAUCUGUACGCGGUCACCGUUGGAGGUGAGUCCCUUCUCCACUUGGUCGCUGCCGUCUACGGCGAUUCUGAGGACUCCACCAAGAAGGCCAGCCUCCUCUACGACAAGGCACCCAGCCUCCUCUUCGUGCAAAACAGCCAGGGGGACACACCCCUGCACUAUGCUGCACGGGCGGGCAACAUGAGAAUGGUGGCUCUUCUCAUUGAUCUCGCCAAUGGUGAGGGUAUUAACAAUGCAAAGGGACUUCUUGAAACACAAAACAAGAUCCAUGAGACAGCCUUGCAUGAGGCCGUCCGCUCUGGGAACAAUGAUAUGGUCAAGUUGUUCAUGGAGGAGAACCCACAACUGGCCCGGUUUCCUGAACAAGGUACUUCGCCGUUGUACCUAGCCGUUUUACUGGAAAACAAAAUCAUCGCAAAAACACUCUACGACUUGAGUGGCGGGCUUCUUUCAUACUUUGGACCAGAUGGACGAAAUGCAUUGCAUGUGGCUGUUCAAGGAAGCCAAGGAAAAUGAAGUAAGGAUACUCAAAGCACUCAAAUAUGUUGGUGCUAAAAGGGGUAUUGUUCACCAGGGAUUCUUGGAUGAAUAUGAUAUUGACCAAGCAAGACAGGAAGAAAUACAUAUAAUGAGUCAAGUGAAAGAGGGAACACAAAGUUUAUGUAUCGGCUCGGUCUUAAUUGCAACCGUCACAUUUGGUGCAACUUUCACUAUGCCAGGAGGUCUUAGAGAUGAUGAUGAAACUAAUGCAGGCUCACCAAUACUUGCUGGAACAUUUCAUUUUUAUGCAUUCAUUGUGGCCAACACACUUGCCUUCACCCUCUCGGUCAUGGCUACAAUUUCUUUCAUAUUUUCUGGGGAUCCUACGGUACAUCUUCGAACAAGAAAAGUGCUAUUUAUAAGGGCCAUCCCUCUCUUGCUGAUUUCAGUGUCAAGCAUGGUAGUUGCCUUUGCACUUGGUACUUAUAUGAUGUUAGCUCCAAUUGCUCCUGUGUCUGCACUUGCAAUAUUUCUCAUCUUGAUUCUCAUAUUGGUGUAUUACUCUUGGGGAAUGACAAUCAGCCGUAUUGUUCUCUUCACUGCACUCUGUAAGAGAAAGGGGAAAUGGUACGGGAUAGUCUGGGCAUGGCCAUGUGCAUUCUUACUCGUGGUCCUUAUCCUUUCUUCUCUACUAUUGCUGGCCUUUAAGUUGGCCCAGGUGAGUCACACCGGUGGCAAAGUGGAACCACCAGCACAACCGCCAACACCAUUUGCUUGAAGAGGGCCAAAUACGCCCAUAUUACAUAUAUGGAUCAUUAUCAUCUUUUGUAAGUGUGGCUCUUCUCACACUACCAGUUGGAGACUUCGGAUCUGCUAUUAUCAUACUUAUGUUUCUUGAGAACUGUAGUGAAUAGUGUGCGUGUAUUUCUUUGC